UUCAUUUUAAGUUUUGCCCAGGGACACACAUAGAAGGUGCAGAAGUUUUCUUACUUAUCGAUAUAUUUAACCAGUCGGUAAUGUUAUGUUUUAUCGACCGAUUUACAUUCGGUUUGGGAUACAACCGUAAUAGUUCGUUUCAAGCAUUACAGAUGGCGACAUACAGUUUUCUUUGUUACCGACUGAUCCGACUGUUUUAUCGAUCGGUCUUAAUACGAUUCUUGCACAACAAAGUGCAUUAGUUUUUACGAUAGGGGGCCUCGUGUACUUGUUUAUAAACAUUGUUAAAAAAAACACAAACGUAAAAAUUGUAAUAAAUAAAAUAUGGACGUAGUUGAAAUCGAAGAACAAGAUAGUUCCUCCAAUAUCGAUCAAAUGGAUAUUAAAAUGGAUGCAAAGCAAGAAAAAAUAAUUCCUAAAGAGAAUACUAAGUCAGACUCAAAUCAUCAGGAAUUAGUUAAGUUAACUAAAGAAGCUCUUGAUAAAUUAAUUGACAGCGAUCCGUUUCUAGCUGGAUUACCAUUAAAUGUCACUGUAGAAGAAAUUAAAGCACAGAUUGCUGUGGCACAGGGUCAAGCUAUAACAUUAUUUUUAAAUCGUAGAAAUCUUCCAAGGCUUUCUAUUGUGGUACCUACACAUACAACUACAGUGCUUGAUUUAAAAAAAGCCAUUAAGAGGCAUACUAACUUGUAUUUCAAAAGAGAAAAUAUUAAGAAGAAGAUCAGUUGGAAACACGUUUGGAAAAAAUAUAAUUUAUGCUUUAACGAUUUACAACUCGCCAAUGACAAUAAAAAUUUAAAAGUUUACGGCAUUGGUAAUAAAGCUGAAUUAUAUUAUGUUAAGAAGUACAGAGAAAAAAAUAAAUUAAGAAAUGUCGUUAAAAACGCAUGAUUGAAGCAACGUUUGUAUAUAUUUACACAUGUUUAUAUUUAAUUAAAUUGUUACCAUUUUAUUU